AUGGAGUCCAUGGACAUUGACUCGCCCCUGCAUGCAGGAAUGGACUCAAGCUUCUCUGCGAAUGAGCAGAAAGCAACAGGGAACAACAAUGUGACGUCUCCGGAUGAGCUUCCACCUUCGCGAAUCCCAAAGCUUUCGAUGUUCUCCCCUCCUCCUCGACUGAGGACUCCUCUCAAGGGAAUCUUGAGUGCACGAAAGGAACGACGAAAUGCGGAGACAACACCAACAAAGUCCGUCAAUUUUGGUCCGUCCCAAGGUGCCGAGUUCAACCACGGUUCGCCUUCUACGUCCAUGACGCCCAUGCCGGCCAAGGAUGCUUCACGGCUCUUCCCUUUGGAGCGGGUAUCGUCAGAAGAAGAACCUGACGACGCGGAGACAUCGCUGAACUCUUCCAUUCUUGAUAAAGCUGACUCACUUGAUGAGGAGGAACCUGAACAGGUCACUGUGCCCAAACUUACGCAGCCCAAGAAGUCAGGUUUUAACCUGCUGCAGUCACGGAGAAGCAGCCUAGCGGUUUCGAAAUCGACUGACAAAGGCCAACGACGACACAGUAUGCGAGGCUUUAGUCCUCUUGAUUCUCGAGCUGCUUUUCAACGACGCAGGCGUCAGACCAUCAAUGUAACACCUACCAGCUCUCAGUCUCCAUCCGCACCAGGGAAUAAUUCGUUUUUGCGCGCGACUGAUAUAACGCAGACGACUCGUAUACCUUACGCAGACUCAUCGGCAUCUUCGGACGCUGGAGAGGACAUGGAGAUUACGGGCGAUUAUUCUAUCACUCUAGGAGAUACUGCCGGAUUACAGUCCCAGUCGCUCACUGGCUUGCCCCGUGAGGAGGACACUGCGGAGUUCAGUUUGGGCCAUCUUCUCGCCGAGUUUUCAGUCCACGAACUGACCAAGUCAGCGCCUGAGUCCGACCUCCAUGAUCUUCCUGGAUCUCUAGGUGAUCUGGCGAACGAGGUUGCCAGUCAGAGCAACCAUACGCAGCCACCGAAUGACCAGAACACCACACUGGACCCGAUUGCAGAGGCGAAUGAAACGAUGACUUCUUUGCGCAACCAGAGUGCGAUGAGUCUUGUAUCCGAUGAAAGCGACGACGAGUAUGCUGCCAAACGCGCAUCCCUUCAGGUGAAUUUGAAGGCGCAAUUCGACCGAGUCAGUGAGCCCAGUCAAAGCCCCCGUCGCCCACCGACGCCCGAGCCUCGUUCUGCUCCCCAGAUAACGAUGGAAGAGCUUCUGUCAUCCCUUGAUUUGAACGAAGAGAGCACAUUUAUAGGAGCUGCUGGGAAUUUCUUUGGAGAGAAAACAGAGUCUUUGAAGGAUGUGGUGGUCGCAUGUGCGCACGAUACGUGCUCAGCGGUGAUGGAACGUCACGCCCAAGAUGUGUCGUCGUGGUCUUCGGCUGUGACUGAAGAGUUGUCGUUAUUGCUACACGCCAAGGCUCCAGCAGUUUUGAGCCCAGAGAAUCUUGAUGACGCUGGUCGCGAAGCUAUUCAGGAGCUGUUUGAUGCAGAGGCUCUGGUCGCUCGAACGGCUUGGUGUCAGCUGCAGACGCAGAUGGAAAAGCAGCUCACCGCCAGCUUGUCUGUGGGUGCAGCUGCCCUCGCGUCGGAUGUGAAAUCCCUGAAGGACAGCGUGGCAGCUGGUGUGCUGAAGCGUCAGAAUGAGCUGGCAGCCAUCAAAGAAAUGAUCGCUCGAGAGGAACAAAUGGCUCUUCUUCUGGAUGCAAUCGAGGAGCAACAAGGGGCCCACGAUGAGUACGUGAAGGCCGUGAAGGAUCUGGAGAAGGAGUGCUCGUCCCUGUCGUUAGAGGAGUCAGUGUUGCAGAGUCGCUUGAAGGUCCUUGAGGGACGAGCGGCGGAACUGGAGCCUGUCACUCCGGAAGCGGUGACGCUCCUUAGACAGGAAGUUUUAGCGGCGGAGGAGAUGCUGACGAUUCAGGAGAGUCUGAGUCUGUGGAAGAUUCGUGAGGCUACCUCGUCGAUUCUCCGGUUGAGCGCUCGCUUUGAGGACGUAUUGUUCGAUGUCGAGGUUUGCGUAGAUGUCCAUCUGAGGGCCCCUUCGAUGGGCGGGGCAUCAACUUCGAUCAAAGUCAACGAAUCUCUUAAGCAGACCUCGUAUCUUCCCUGUGAGGGUGAUGUGGUGCUCGUACUGCAGCGGCUACUGCUGGAUCCGCACUAUAUUUCUCGAAUUGCGGAUGAAUCCGAGUUGGGAGAUGGAAUCGGUGGCCGGACAUGCUCAAAGUUGCAAGUGCUGGAAAAUUUCAUCUGUCGCUCGUUCCGGUUAUUGAAGGAGCUGCGCGAGUUGUCGACGCACUUUUCCAUGCGGUACGACAAAGACCACAGCACGCUCUGGGUUGAUUUCCUCAAGUUCCCGUCCGCGGCUGCACGAAUUGACGUCGAGGGAGCUCAAUUUAGUGUUGGGUUCUCACUCCUUCCUGUUUUCCCCUUCACGGACUACCAAACGGCUGUGCAGGUUUCACGCGGACAGGUCUCGACCGAUGCCGUAGCGAAGGAGAUUGAGCUGGUGUCCAGACUGGAAUCAGAAUACUUUACACGGGUGUGUCGAAGACUCCAUGACAGUUUCGUGCGAUAG